AUGCCACUCAAACCCAUUUCGUUUAAAUGGUCGGAAACAUCUGUUCGACUGGUACCAAACCUAUUCAUGUACGGACGAGAUAAUAUUAACAAACCUUUAUCGCGGGCAUCACAGAUGGCCGAACGAAUUCACCAACAAACACCAAGUUCAACUAAUUAUCAACAAAAACGUUACUUUAGUUACUAUUAUUAUCAAUUUCCUAAGAUUCCAAGACCAAAGAGAAAUAUGUUGUAUUAUUCCACUUGGUCGAGAAACCCAGUUACCAAUGGCACCAAUACCAACAAAUCAAGCAAACGUCAUAUGUUGCCAUUUGGCAAUUUCAAGAUUUCGAAAAGACUGUUUGCCAAUGCCAAUCAAAAAUUGAAAACGAAAUUCAAAAAAUUGAAAAUGGGUAAAGAGCGUCGUCGCUUUAUUAGAUGGUGGACGGUAACUUCAUUGACCAUAGUAUUGGGUGGAGUGUACGCAAAAAUAAAGUAUGAAAGGGGUGACCACGAAGAAAACCCAUACAAGAUUAGACCUCAAUCCUGGCACUUGUAUGCUUACUCAACAUUACCAUUGAAGACUAUAUCUCGAUUAUGGGGUCAAGUCAACUCGAUCAACUUACCUGUUUGGAUUAGAAGUCCUUCGUACAGAGUGUAUUCUGCCAUUUUUGGUGUUAACUUGGAUGAAAUGGAGAAUCCCGAUUUGAGCAGUUACAAGAACUUAUCAGAGUUUUUUUAUAGAGAUAUUAAACCAGAUGCCAGACCAAUUGCUGAUGGUGAUUUAGUGUCUCCCGCAGAUGGGAAAGUAUUAAAGUUUGGUGUUGUUGAGAAUGGUGAAAUUGAACAAGUCAAGGGAAUGACUUAUUCAAUCGAUGCAUUGUUGGGAAUAGACACUGGUAAAUUAGCAGCACCCACCCACUCAUUGAGUUUUGAUUAUAAUAGUGAUGACGAAACGAUAGUAAAACGUGACGAAGAAUUUGCUAAAAUUAACGGUAUUUCCUACUCGAUGGAUGAUCUUGUUGGUGGGAAUUCGAAAACGACCUACCACAUGAAUGAGUUGACAUACAAAGAUGAGCAUGAUGGGACUGCUGCAGGUGAAAGGGCAUCAUUUUCCAAAGAGUUACGAGUUGCAGAAGAAUUAACCCCAAAUCCUGUUGAAUACUUUCGCAAGAAAAAUUUGUAUUUUGCAGUGAUAUACCUAGCCCCAGGUGAUUAUCAUCAUUUUCAUUCACCUACUAGUUGGGUGACUACACUCAGACGUCAUUUUAUUGGAGAAUUAUUUUCGGUUGCUCCAUUUUUCCAAAAAACCCUCCAAGGAUUAUUUGUUUUAAAUGAAAGAGUGGCAUUGUUAGGAUAUUGGAAGUAUGGGUUUUUUUCAAUGGUUCCUGUUGGUGCCACCAACGUUGGUAGUAUUGUGGUCAAUUUUGACAAAGAUUUAAAAACCAAUGAUAUUUAUGAGCAUGAAGUUUAUUCUUCCGCCUCUUCAGUAAAUGAAAAUACACCACUAUUGGAUCAAAAAGACUAUUCUGCUAAUGAUAUUUUGACAUUUACCAACAGUGAAUAUGAGGACAAAAAACGCAAGAAAUUAAGAAAAAACACCGUUUACGAGGCAACAUAUACAAAUGCCAGUAGAUUGUUAGGCGGGUAUCCAUUAAGCAAGGGUCAAGAUAUUGGUGGCUUCAAAUUGGGUUCUACUGUUGUUUUAGUAUUUGAAGCCCCUGAGAAUUUUAAAUUCAAUUUGAAAGUAGGUGAGAAGGUUAAAGUGGGUCAAUCAUUAGGUGGGUUCGUAUAG